AAACGUUGAUGUGCUGAUUGUGCUCUUUCCAAUUUUCUCUGCAGAGAAUAUCCAAAGCACAGAAUGUGGGGAAACCACUCCCAUCUUCUCCUUCUUCUGCUGGCAAUCUCCAUUAAUAUUGCACUCUUCGACUCAGUCGGUUGUGUUGAUCCCACCAGCUUUCCUCCAGAUUUCAAAUUCGGCACUUCCUCUUCUGCUUACCAGUAUGAAGGUGCUGCAUUUGAAGGAGGGAAAGGCCCUAGCGUUUGGGACGUUUUCACUCACACAUACCCAGAAAGGAUAGCUGAUCACAGUGAUGGGGAUGUUGCUACUGAUUCGUACCAUCGCUACAAGGAAGAUGUGGCCCUAAUGAAGGAUAUUGGGUUUAACGCUUACAGAUUUUCCAUCUCUUGGCCCAGAAUCCUACCCUAUGGGAAUCUAAAGGGAGGAGUGAACCCAGAAGGAAUAAGAUAUUACAACAAUCUCAUUGAUGAACUCAUAUCUAACGGAUUACAAUCCUUUGUAACUCUGUUUCACUGGGACCUCCCUCAAGCUCUUGAAGACGAAUAUGGUGGUCUUCUGAGCCCCAAAAUUGUGAAGGAUUUUGUACGUUAUGCAGAAGUAUGCUUCAGAGAAUUUGGUGAUAGGGUAAAGCAUUGGAUCACUCUGAAUGAGCCAUCAUCAUAUAGCAUUGAAGGCUAUGCCAAUGGCAUAUUCCCACCUGGAAGGUGCUCCAGCUUCUUGGGCCUAAACUGCAGUGCUGGUGACUCUAGCACUGAACCCUACCUUGUGACACACCACCUAAUUCUUGCUCACGCUGAAGCAGUCAAACUCUACAGGAAGAAGUACCAGAUUUCUCAGAAAGGUCAAGUUGGGGUCACACUAGCUUUCAUGUGGUAUGUUCCCAUAUCCCAAUCAAAGGCUGACAAAGAUGCAACAUCUCGAGCCAAUGAUUUUUCAUGUGACUGGUUCUUGGAACCACUGAACUCUGGGAAAUACCCUACAGUAAUGGUUAAAUAUGUGGGUAAACGUUUGCCCAAGUUCUCCAAAAGACAAUCAUUGUUGGUUAAAGGGUCCUUCGAUUUCAUAGGGGUCAAUUAUUACACAGCAUAUUAUGCAUUUAAUGUUCCUUGCAAAAGUGAAAAUCAAACUGCACUGACAGACGCUUGUUUCAACUUUACAACUGAAAGAAAUGGAAUUCCGAUUGGUUCAAAGGCUGGCUCAGAAUGGCUAUACAUCUAUCCACAAGGAAUUCAAGAUGUAUUAGAAUACACUAUGAAGAAAUUGAACAAUCCAAUCAUUUACAUAACAGAAAAUGGAUGUAACGAGGUUGAUAAUGGUAGAAAGUCACUUAAUGACAAGAUGAGGAUAGACUAUGUCAGUCGCCACCUUCUGUAUAUUAGAAGGGCCAUGAGUUGUACUUAGUAGGAAUGGAGUGAAGGUGAAGGGCUACUUUGCAUGGUCACUUUUGGACAACUUCGAG